UCGACAGUUUCAAUGAGAGGAUAAUAAGAGUGUAGUUCAGAGGCUGUAUGCUCGGUUGGAAUAUUUGCUUUCAUUGUAGAUUGGUAAACAAACACCGUUUCAGUCAGGAGCUGCUACUUACGUUUUCAUCCAGCGAGAAACGGGGUUGAGAACAAAACUUACACUCACCCGAUGAGACUACAUGGUUGAAAACGUCUAAUAUGUCCAGUACACGAGAGCGCGUCUGUGCCUUGGUUUUCUUUGCAACUUUAAGACUUUGUGCGACGUUUUCCUCGAAGACCGGGUUCAGACAUUCAACCAUCUUAGAUGCGCAUGGAAAAUAUAAAUUGAGAUGGACAUACGAUGAAACAACGAUAACUUUUCAAACUGAGGUGGAAACAAACGGAUACAUAGGAUUUGGUUUGUCUACCAACGGAGCGAUGGCGUUAUCGGAUAUUGUAAUUGGGGGAGUCGAAAAAGGGAAACCCUACCUACAGGAUUAUUUUGCAGAUCCCAACAGGAAAGUUCACAGAGAUGCACAGCAGAACUACAGGCUGGAAUACGGAAUGGAAAACAAAACUCACACUGUCCUGGUUUUCAGCAGAGACCUUUAUACUUGUGACAGAAAUGACAAAGACAUUACGGAGGACACAGUGAGGGUGAUAUGGGCCUACCACAGUGACGAUGUUGGGCGCUCUGGGCCAAGGUACCAUGGGGUAAACAGGGGCCGGAAGAGCCUUCGGUUGCUCAACCCCACGAUCGCUGCUAACAUCUCCUCAGACACCGCCUUUUUCACCUUGCAGAACUUAAACGUGCCAGUGCCCUCCAAGGACACUACCUACUGGUGUCAGUUGUUUAAAAUUCCACAAGUACCAAAGAAACAUCACAUUACUAGAAUCGAGCCUUUGAUUCAGAGAGGCCAUGAAAACUUGGUUCACCACAUUCUGUUGUAUCAGUGUGACAGUAAUCUGAAUGAGAGUGAGCUUGACUUGGGACAUGAAUGCUACCACCCCAACAUGCCAGACUCCUUCCUGACCUGCGAAACUGUGGUCUUUGCCUGGGCAAUCGGAGGGGAGGGAUUGACCUACCCGCAGCAUGUUGGCCUCUCCAUUGGUACCCCAAUAGACCCUGUCUACGUUCUGAUGGAAGUCCAUUAUGACAACCCAGACCUUCAAGAAGGAGUGAUAGACAGCUCAGGCCUCAGGCUCUUCCACACCCCUCUGCUGAGGCGGUACGACGCUGGCGUGAUCGAAAUUGGCGUGUGGGUCAGCCUGUACCACAUGCUCCCUCCGGGACUUCAGGAGUACAUCUCCGAGGGGCACUGCACCCAGGAGUGUCUGCGGGAGUCCCUGGACCACGAGAUGCCAAGUGGGGUCCGAGUGUUUGCGGUUCUGAUGCACUCUCACUUGGCGGGCCGGGCCAUAAGAACCAGACACUUCCGGAACCAGGACGAGCUGCAGCCCCUGGCCCGUGAUGACCAUUUCGACUUUAACUUCCAGGAGUUCCAGUACCUCAAAGAAGAGAGGCUGGUGUUACCUGGGGAUAAUCUGAUCACAGAGUGCAAGUAUAAUACAAAAGGCAGAAGUAAUAUGACCUGGGGUGGUUUGAGCACUCGGGAUGAGAUGUGUCUGUCCUAUUUGCUCUAUUAUCCUCGCAUUAACCUGGCCCGCUGUGAGAGCCUCCCAGAAAUAAAUGGGCAGCUCAAGUUCAUCGGAGUGAAAGAAAUCCAGGUUCCCGUCACGACCUGGCCAUUUAUAAUCAAAAGCCCCAAGAAGUACACCAAUCUGACCUUCACAGAGGCCAUGGACAAGUUCAAGUGGUCGAAGAAAAGGGGGAAGGCUUUCAAUGAGAUGGUGCUGCAGCUGCCGAUGAAUGUCCGCUGCUCCAAACGGGGUCAGGAUGAGUGGUCGAUCCAAGGCGUGAUUGUGUCUCCGCCAGAGAUUAAAUCAGAAGCUAGACCUCCUCUUACCCCUUGCAGCAAAGCCUCAGAAGCCCACAGAAGAGGGAUUCUCCUCCUCGUCCUCUGUUCCGUGUGCUUAGUCAGGAUCUGGAUCCCCCUCUCCCUCUAGCCCCUCCACAUUUCCCACAGGCUCUGCAGAAUCCUGAGGCCACCAGCCAAGCCUUCAGCCAAUCUGAAAAAAAAAUAAAUAAUAAUAACAAGUUUGAUAGCAAGGAAACCAAUAAAGUGUUCAGCAGUUCUCCUGAGGUACCUUAAAAUAGUGGAAAGGCUAUCAGGGUCCUCAGCUGUAACGGUAUGUUGGAUCUGUAAGACUUUAAAAAACGCCUGAUAUUGUAAAGUGUGAGGUAGUGGCUCGUUAUCUCCUGCUGACACCUGCCCUGGCGUUGUUCCUCUGUGCAGCACACAGCUUUGUAUAUACAGGGACACAUCAAGUAAGCUAGCCAUCAACGCAGAUAUCGAAGCAGGCAGCUUCCGGCAAGAGGCGAACAACUCUGUCCUUUCAUGAACGCUUGCUUCAAGUUAACAUUUUAUGGUAUAUGAACACAGCAGAUGCAUAAGGGAUCAGAAUUCAAUUGCUAGACCCCC